AUGCAUCUUAACAAGUUCCAACCUACCGAUGUUCGCUUUGUCUGCGGGCUGUCUGGAUAUUUCCACAAGGACCUGCAAGCAGUGAAGCAGAGUCCCAACUAUGAUCCUCUCGCCGACAAUAUCGCACCAGUGACACCAGGAUUCAAGAAGGUUGUCCAGGCAGGAGAGGUGAUCUCGAUUCUGCUUCGCCUCCAAAACGGAGCUGUAGCCAUUGGGGAGUGUGUCGAUGUCAUCUUCUCUGGGACUGCAUCGCGUGACCCCUUAUUCAUCCCUAAAGAACAUCUAUCGUUGCUCAACAAAGUUGUGCGGCCGUGGCUUCUCGAAUGUGAUGUGACGACCUUCCGCUCCAAUGCGGUCAAAAUUGAUCAACCGUGGCCCGAACUGGGAAACAAGAGACUCCACACCGCUGUUCGUUACGGACUAAGUCAAGCUCUCCUAUCUGCGACAGCUCUCGCCAACAAGUGUACCAUAACUGAAGUCGUUGCCCGCGAAUGGAAGACAACGAUCAGUCAGCGGCCAAUAGGUAUCCUCGCUUCCUGCCACCGGAAUGACCAGCUUCAACUAGACAGGAUGAUCAUGAAACAAGUGGCUCUUCUUCCACAUGCCUCAUUUGUUCACGUGAGCGACAUCGGCCCUGGAGGCGAGACUAUGCUUGACUAUGUGCAGUCUGUCUCUCGACGUGUCCAAGAGCGGGGUGAGCCCGGAUAUCGACCAAGGCUUCAUUUUGACGUUUAUGGGACCAUUGGUGAUGCAUUUACGGACGCGGAAAUACCAGGAUUCCUAGAGAAAGUCGAGCAGGCAGCCCGCCCAUAUGACGUGUUGAUUGAAUCCCCAAUUGUGUCUUCCAGUAAAGAAUCUCAAAUUCGACGCCUGCACCAACUUAAAAAGAUCCUUGCCUCUCGCAGAAUCAAUGUGGGAAUCGUCGCAGAUGAAUGGUGCAACACGCUGGAUGACAUCCGGGACUUUGCCGACGCCGAUGCUGUGGACUACGUGCAGGUGAAAACGCCUGAUCUGGGAAGUAUCCAUAACUCCAUUGAUGCGGUCAUGUACUGUGUCAAGGAAAACAUCGGGUGUUGUCUUGGGGGAUCUGCAAAUGAAACCGACAUUUCGGCGCGGAUCACUGCACAGGUGGCUCUGGCAACACAACCGCAGUUCUUGUUAUCCAAGCCUGGGAUUGGGGCUGAUGAGGGAUUGAUGAUUUUGACGAAUGAGAUGAUUAGAACUUUGGCCUUGGUAGACGAUGAUUAG